UAGCCUGAUCUCGACGGUUGAUUUGAGCCAACAUGGCGCCCAAACAAUAGAGUUUCAUGGCGGAUGUUCAUACUGCUACGGGCAGCCAGACUAGGUACAACCACAGGUUUCCAAGCUUGGACAAGGUGGUGAAGUGACUCAGAGGAUGGUGCGGGUGGUCUUCCUCCAUCCAGACCUGGGUAUUGGUGGAGCAGAGCGACUGGUGGUUGAUGCUGCUGUCGCUCUUAAGUCUCAGGGAUGUAGCGUUCAGAUCUGGACGGCUCAUCAUGAUCCAACACACUGCUUCUCUGAAACCCUGGACCCAGACCUACCUGUGGUAUGUGUGGGUGACUGGCUUCCCACUGGUGUGUUUGGCUACCUACGUGCCCUGUGUGCCUACCUGCGGAUGAUCUAUGUGGCCAUCUACCUGGUCUUCCUCAGCGGGGUUGAGUAUGAUGUCGUCUUCUGUGAUCAGGUGUCGGUGUGUAUUCCGGUACUGCGAUUGUCCCGUCACAGGAAGAAGGUUCUGUUUUACUGUCACUUCCCAGACCAGCUGCUGACCCAGAGGAAGUCAUUUUUGAAGAAGCUCUACCGUGCUCCAAUCGACUGGCUGGAGGAACGCACCACAGGCAUGGCUGAUAUGAUUCUUGUAAACAGCCAGUUCACUGCAGGCAUCUUCAGGGAGACCUUUCAUAGUCUAAGCAGAGUCCAGACAGAUGUCCUCUAUCCCUCCCUCAACACAUGUACCUUUGACCAGCCGUCCACUGAAGCACAAGACCUGGAAGGGCUGCUCCCCGAGGGAACCACCUGCCUGUUUCUCUCUCUGAACCGAUAUGAGAGAAAGAAGAAUCUGGGCCUGGCUCUGGAGGCUCUGGCAACCCUGAGGAGCAGCCUUCCUCCAGGCCAGAGAGCAGGCAUUCACCUGGUGGUGGCGGGGGGCUAUGAUGACCGAGUUACUGAGAAUGUUCAACAUUACAUUGAACUGAAAGACCUGGCUGCACAGCUCCACUUGGAGGACUGUGUCACUUUCCUGCGCUCCCCCUCCGAUUCACUGAAGGUGGCGCUGCUUCGGGCCAGCACCGCCGUGCUCUACACCCCGAGCAGAGAGCAUUUUGGGAUAGUUCCUGUGGAAGCCAUGUACUGCUGCUGCCCUGUAAUCGCUGUGAACUCUGGGGGUCCCCUGGAGAGCGUGGCAGAUGGGGAAACAGGCUUUUUGUGUGAGGCCACGGCGGAAGCCUUCUCUAAGGCUAUGGAGAGGCUCGUCAGGGAGCGGCAGCUCCGCAGGGACAUGGGACAAGCUGGUAGGAGGAGGGUACAAGAUAAGUUCUCUCUGCAGGCCUUCUCAGAACAGUUGUACGGGUACAUUGUCAGGCUGAGCCAGUGAUGUGAAGGCUGGAAGAGAGACAAGAGAAAACCAGUGGAAUUGUGGAAAAAUGAUCCUCUGCUGAACUGUGAAAGUGACUGAGGACUGUGUGGGUCCACGGAGAGUUGAAGUGGUUGUCUUCUAAGAGAGAAUGUAUGUGUAUAUGUGCAGUGGGGGUGGGGGUGUGGGGGUAUUAUGAGGACUUAGAGGACAAUUAAUCAGCAUUCCCUGCAAGGGGUUGCUGAGAGGAAAAAAAGGAUGGAAUCUCUAUACUAAUUAAGAAAAGAGUAACAAGUUUACCUGCCCUGUCUCUGGAAAAAUACCACCACUGCAAGUGUGUGUGUACGUGCGUGUGUGUAACUGUGCAUGUGUAGCAGCGUGGCAACCAAGAACCCGAGCAAAUGAGUGUACCAAAAGGAUUGAUUGUUAGAGUGAAUGUUUUGCACUGUGUAUGUGUGUGUAUUUUUGUCUCUUCUCUACAGUAGUCUUUGUCUUUGUGUGUUUGGGGGAUGAAGAAGAAGAAUGUAGUUACAACCAUGUACCAUCAGGCAGUACACAGUCUCAGAUCGAUAAACAAGAUGCUUUCCACAACUUCCUGUCCACCCAGAGCUUAGUUCCCCUCCUCACAUUCACAAGACGCUGGCCUGUCCAUGACUCUUGCUGCAACGUGGAGGUUAUUAGAAAAUGACAGAGCGUGUUUGGCUUUAUUAGGGGUCUGGUUGAUGGGUGGUGUGCCUGUGUCUGGGUCAUUAUCAACAAGGAGAAUAGCAGAAGGUCAUUGUGUCUGCAUGCUGGCCUCCUCAGCCCUCCUACUGUAUAGAAAUGCUCUUAUUGACAUUCCUGAAGUCUUAAUAAACAAGAGGACAAAUAGUUUCCUGACUCUUAUGGGUUUUGCUUUGUUGGUAAGUUUUUGGUUUUUGGCUUUUAAUAGAGUUUGCUAAGGAUUUUGUGGGUGAGCAUAGAGACGCAAAAACAUUGUUAAUGCUGUCAACAGAUUUGAUUGUGCCUUGAACUGUUAAAUGAAACAUCCUCAGAGUAGCAGCAAUGGAUUUUUUUCUUUUUAUUUUCCUCAUUAACAAAGAUAGUGUGACAGAUAUACAUAAGAGGCACCACAGAGGAUGUCAAGUUUCUGUCUCCGUCCGUUGCUGCAUUAUCAUUUCCAGAGUUUGAGUUGUAUCCAUGUGUGCUUCAUUCUUUUUCUUAAAGGGAAUCUAAAAAAAAGAGCAAAUAAUUGGAACAUUAAAUUGGGGUUGCAGCCUAUUAUUUUCAUUAUCAAUUAAUCUGCUGAUUACUUCUUUGAUUUAUCAUUUGGGCCGUAAAACAUCAGAAAACAGGGAAAAAUGCCCAUCACAAUGUCCUACAGAUUUUAAGGUGAUUCCAUCAGAUGUCUUGUGUGAGCAACAGUCCAUGCACCAACAAAAAAAAAAAAACCCUCGAAAAGCAGCAAAUUCUCACACGCAGCUCUAAAAUAAAAUACAUGUUGACAGGUUAUAGACCUAAUAUUUACCACAUCACUCAGUCACUGUCACUUAAAUAGGGCUGAACUCACCUGGUUGCACACCGCUUGGCCAAAUCGAACAAAUGUGGCAAAAUGCUCACUGUUGAAGUUCAUCAGGUCGUAUUUGAACUCCUGGUGCAGAAAAGUCUCACAGCAACGCCUCAUCGUCUCCUGUGGCGACGGAACCAGGUUGUGUUUGUUGUUGUUUACCCUUAUUUUAGUUCCUAGGGGCAUUUUGAUAUCUAUAAUGCGCUGCUUGCAGAUUCUGGUCUUCUUCAGAACACGAUCACCUUUCGACUUUGGAACCAUUUGUUGAAGGAAGCUGCGGCAGGCUUUCUGUGUCAUGUUCUCAUCUAGAGGGGAAAAAUGUUAAAGAU